AUGGACCCUGGGCGGCUAUCGCAGAUGCGCGGGCAGCUCUCCCCUGUCGAGGAACCUGCGCAGCGGGUUUCGUGGAAAAGCAGCCCUCAGGAGGAGCCUCCGCAGCGGGUAUGGUGGAACAGCAGCCCUGAGCAGGCUGUUCAGGAGCCUGUGCGGCUUACCCCGCUCCAGCGGGAGACCUCCCAGGGCUCACAGAGUGAGGUGAGCAACGCCGCUUCGAUGAUGAGCGGUUCGGAGAUUGAUGUGGAGGUGCUCGAGCCCCGCGAGGACUUCCCCGACCACAUGAGUGGCGGUGAGACAGAGACGGAGGAGGAGGAAGAGGAGGUGGUAGUCAAAGUGGCAGGCCCAUCAGACGCCGAGAAGCGGCGGCGCUCCUUCGAAAAGGCGGUGGCGAAGGGAGUCACGUCCUUGGCUAUGCUGCAGAAGAACCGAGACUUCAUAUGGGCCCAGACAUUUGGCUACGAAUCCUCCGAGAAGCUCUUCCCGUCUUUUCUUGAAGCGCAGGACAACGCCAUUGCCAAAGCUGUCUCUGAGUGGCCGCUGAAUCCUACCAGAUUGUACGAGGUGGCGGCCGAUGGCAAACAAAAGGCCGAGCUUUCGCCUCAGCAAGCUGCCUCCGGCGGGAUUCGUGAUGACAUCCUGCCAGAUGAAGGCCGCAGAAACCGUCUGAGCAAAGUGACUGCAGGCCUUCUUCCGAUUGCCGGCACAUGGACAUCCAACGGUGUGCAGUUCUUCUACAUUGACAUGGCAGCAGGCCCUUUCUGCGUCUUUCCAGAGAAGGCCAUGGUCAUGGAGCUCUGGCGCUGUGAGCGCCUGGUCCACGUCGGGGCGGCGCUGCUGUCGAACGACUGGAAGGUCGGCUCGGGCGCGUUCGGCCGCUUCGCGAGCGGCGGUGUGGAGGUGCAAGACUCGGACAAGGUCGCGUUUCCCACUUGCAGCCACUUCCACCGAAACUUUCAGGACUUUAUGGAUUCUUGCAUCGGCAAAGCCGACGAGCGCUGA